UAUUUCUUCUCUAAUUUCAGAUGGUGUCGGCACUCAUGCUCUAGUAAAAGUGCGAGCCAACCGACAAGAGGCAGCACGAUGUGGCGCAUACUCGUGGUCGCGGCCCUGUUAGUAGCCACGGUGUCUGUGGGUGGCGACAAGGUGGUCGUUCUGCCACACGACGUUUACCCGGGCUACGAAGUGACGCUGUUCAACACCAAACGACCAUCGAACUUUCACAUGAUGGAGAACGGCUUCUCGAAAUUCUUCACCGUCCUCGAUAACGGUCUGGUGAUGACUACGUCCGAUUUGUCGCCGUUGGUCGACCGUUCCGUGAACCUGAUCGUCCUCGAGGAUCUGGCCAACGGCACCGAGACACAUUUCCUCCAUCUAUACGUCAUCAAUCGCAGAAACAUGAUCACCUUCUCUCACGAUCAGUUAGGCGAAGGCGAGGUGCCUGAGAAUUCAGCGGCUGGCACUUUGGUCGACGGUUUCCCGGUUCUCAGAGCUCGGGGAAGCUUCCCGGUUCAUUACACAAUCCUACCGGACGAAAAAGGUGACCGGCCGUUCGCGUUAAAAGAGGAGGACUCGAACCAGACUGGAUUCAACUUGACGUUGAACAGCCAGAAAGAGGGAGUCCGCGUGGUGACCGCGAAACCUCUCGACCGGGAAUUCAAGAAAUUAUACACAGUCGUGAUCCACGCUUCUGAUGGUUAUCUACUAAGCAGUUCGCAGAUCAACGGUAUGGUCCACGUGCUGGAUGAAAACGAUAACAGUCCCGUGUUCGAGCACGAGCAGUACAUGUUCGAGGUCAGACCAACGGGUGUAGACGCUAUCGACGAGAAUUCGGUCGCCCUUCCUGGGUGGAAGAGGUUUUCCACCGUGGGCAAAGUGUCCGCUAAGGACGCGGACGGUGACAAAGUUGCAUACAAACUGCUCACGCCUAGUAGUUUGCUAGUGGUCGUUCCCCAGACCGGGGAACUGAUGCUGGUAGGCGAACCGGACAUCACGAUGGACGAGGACACCGAGUGCGUGGUGAUCGUCGAGGCGCAUGACGCACGAAGUCCGAGUCGAUCGACCAAGAAACCGGCCAAGGUCAUCGUCAGGUUCCUAACGUCGGACACGAAGGAAGUCGAGGUGCACAGGAUACAGAAACGAAGGGUGACGAGGGCCGUCAGGCCGACCAAAAAGGCGGACUUCACGGAGGCCGACGGUGAUCAAGAAGGGAAGAUCGUGUUUUAUUUAGAGAAAGAGAACGAGAAGGAAACGUAUAAGAUCAGGGAUGACAACAAAUGGGUCACGGUGGGUUCGAAUGGUUCGGUUAUAGUGAAACGGAAAUGGGACUACGAGGAGCUGGGCUCGGAAAAGACCAUCGACUUUUGGGUGACUAUUACGAACUCAGAGCGGUGUUCGCGGUACCCGCUGAAUUUGCGGUGUCCCUUCCACGACACGGACAAUCAGCGUGUCAUUAUCGACGUGAAGGACGUUAACGACGAGCCGCCGUACUUCAUAAAUCGGCCUCUGCCAAUGCAAACGAUCGUACAGCUGAAUGCACCGCCGAAUACUCAUGUGUUUACCCUUCAAGCCAGGGAUCCUGACACCGACAACAAUAUUCACUACUUCAUCGUACGGGAUCGGACUGGAGGCCGUUUCGAGGUAGACGAGCGAUCCGGCGUGGUGCGCACCCGGGGGACCGAUCUCUUUCAGCUGGACAUGGAAUACGUUCUGUACGUGAAGGCGGAGGAUCAGAACGGUCGUAUAGACGAGAAGCGUUUUCAGUCGACUCCUGAGCAGCGGCUAUCGAUCCUAGGUGGAAAACGUCCGCCACAGUUCUACAUGGUAGAAUACGCAGCCGAGAUACCAGAAAACCAGAAGAAAGACUCAGAUAUCAUAUCGAUAAAAGCAAAGUCAUUCGCUGACCGGGAAAUUCGGUACACGUUGAAGGCACAAAUGCAAGGCGCGGCAGGAACGUUCAAUAUUGGACCGACCACAGGCAUCGUGAAGCUUGCUAAAGAAUUGGAUUUCGAAGAUCUCCGUCAACCACACGUUUAUUCCCUACUAGUCACAGCUACCGAAGAUUCUGGUGGAUUCUCUACAUCUGUCGAGCUGACCAUACGAGUCUCCGAUGUGAACGACAACGCACCGAAAUUCGAGUUGCCCGACUACCAAGCUCAUAACGUGGGCGAGGAUAUAUCGUUAGGCACAAGUAUACUGAAAGUGAAAGCAACCGAUGCGGAUUCCGGAGUUAACGCGGAAAUAGAGUAUCUGGUGGCCGAUGACCACUUCAGCGUCGAUUCGAACGGAAUCAUCGUCAACAACAAGCAACUCGACGCGGACAACAAUAAUGCUAAUUACGAAUUCGUCGUUACUGCUAGAGAUAAAGGUGAUCCACCGAAAACUGGCGCGGCUACGGUGCGCAUUUAUACGAAGAAUAAAAACGACGAGGAGCCGAAGUUCUCGCAGCAGGUGUACACGCCGAACGUGGAUGAAAACGCGGGCCCCAACACUCUCGUGACGACCGUUGUGGCUUCCGACAAGGACGGCGAUAACGUUCGGUUCCGGUUCGUCGGUGGCAACACCACCUCUGGUCAAUUCGUGAUCGAAGAGAUCACCGGUGUAAUCCGUUUGCACGGGAAAAACAUUUCGUUAGAUAAGGAUAAAUAUGAGUUGAACGUAACUGCUCUGGACGAUGGUGCUUGCUGCCCCAACGGGGAAGAAACCAUUCACACCAGUACCGCCGUCGUCGUCGUUUUCAUCACGGACGUGAACGAUAACAAGCCGGUUUUCAAGGACUGCAGCAUGUACAAUCCGAAAGUCGAAGAAGGAGCGCCUAACGGUAGCACCGUGAUCAAGGUACAGGCUACCGAUGAAGAUAAAGGCGUGAACGGGCAGGUGAAAUAUUCCAUAGUGCAGCAACCGAAUCAGAAGGGAACUAAGUUCACUGUUGAUGAAGAGACGGGACAGGUUUUAACGAACAAGGUAUUUGAUCGUGAAGGAGACGAUGGGAAAUUUGUAUCCGUAACUGUUAAAGCCACAGACCAAGGCGAACCUUCAUUGGAAGGUGUCUGCUCCUUUACUGUUGAAAUCACAGAUGUUAACGAUAACCCACCGUUGUUUGAUCGCCAGACCACCUGUGUGGGAUGCGAAUGUAUACGGCCCCAUUCACAUCAAAGAAAAUGUCACAGUGGGUACUGUAGUGACGUCGGUGAAAGCCAGCGUGAGAUGUACAAACUGGAAGCGAUGGCCCAAGACAAGGGCUUCCCGCCCUUGUCGCGAACUGUGGAGGUACAGAUUGACGUUGUGGACCGUGCGAAUAAUCCGCCCGUAUGGGACCACAUAGUGUAUGGGCCGAUCUACUGUAAAGAGAACACGGCCGUUGGGGCUAAAGUUGUGUCUAUUAAAGCCAGCUCGGGAAUCGAGAAUAACCCGACGGUGUUUUACCGGCUAAUGCCUGGGUCCACCGCGCAGACGAACAAGUUUCACACGUUUUACCUCCAGCAACGUGCCGAGAAGGCCGUCACCUGGGCCGACAUCAAGGUCAACCAUCAAUUGGAUUACGAGAGCAUAAAGGAGUACAAUCUGACUAUACGAGUCGAGAACAAUGGUGCUCAACAACUCGCUUCUGAAGCAACCGUCCACAUUGUCUUGGAGGACGUUAACGACGAAAUACCUUUGUUCACCGAGCGCGAGCAAGAAACUGUACUCGAGGGUGAACCGGUCGGCAGUAAGGUUACUCAAGUCAACGCGAUUGAUAAGGAUGGCACUUUCCCGAACAAUGAGGUGAGCAACCGUCUCCAGACUAUUUUAUUUAACGCACAAAAUGCUUCAUCUAUAGCUACGUGAGAUAUAGCAAACUUAG